ACUGCAAGGAGCAUAGCUCUAUACACAAGACUACGAGAAGACUCGCACCAAGUGGAGUAAACCUCCAUACACCAGAAGACUUGUCCAUCAUUUCCAAUAGAAGACUUUAAGACAAAACCAAAGAUGCCAGAGAAAGCUGCCCAGCCUGUGAUGGAGGAGGAUGUGGAGACUUUUGCCUUUCAGGCUGAAAUUGCUCAGUUGAUGUCCCUGAUCAUCAACACCUUUUAUUCCAACAAAGAAAUCUUCCUCAGAGAGCUCAUCUCAAACUCCUCAGAUGCCCUGGACAAGAUCAGAUAUGAGAGCUUGACAGACCCAAGUAAACUUGAGUCCUGCAAAGACCUGAAGAUUGAGCUCAUUCCUGACCUGAAGAACCGCACACUGACCAUCAUUGACACUGGAAUUGGCAUGACCAAGGCCGAUCUCAUCAACAACCUGGGCACCAUUGCCAAGUCUGGAACCAAGGCCUUCAUGGAGGCUCUGCAGGCUGGAGCUGACAUCUCCAUGAUUGGCCAAUUCGGUGUGGGUUUCUACUCAGCCUACCUGGUAGCAGAGAGAGUCACAGUCAUCACCAAACACAAUGAUGAUGAGCAGUAUGUCUGGGAGUCUGCAGCUGGGGGAUCCUUUACAGUUAAGCCAGACAAUGGUGAGUCUAUCGGUCGUGGCACAAAGGUGAUUCUUCAUCUAAAGGAAGAUCAGUCUGAAUAUACAGAGGAGAAGCGCAUCAAGGAAGUUGUGAAGAAGCACUCACAGUUUAUCGGCUAUCCCAUCACUCUCUUUGUGGAGAAACAGAGAGAAAAAGAGGUUGAUCUGGAAGAGGGAGAGAAGGAGGAGGAGGUACCAGCUGCUGAAGACAAAGACAAGCCCAAGAUUGAGGAUGUGGGAUCCGAUGAGGAUGAGGACAGCAAGGGUAACAAAAACAAGAGGAAGAAGAAGGUCAAGGAAAAGUACAUUGAUGCCCAAGAGCUGAACAAGACCAAGCCUAUCUGGACCCGUAACCCUGAUGACAUCACCAAUGAAGAAUACGGCGAGUUCUACAAAAGCCUUACAAAUGAUUGGGAGGAUCACCUUGCAGUCAAGCACUUCUCAGUGGAGGGCCAGCUGGAGUUCCGUGCUUUGCUGUUUGUGCCAAGAAGGGCAGCUUUUGAUCUUUUUGAGAACAAGAAGAAGAGAAACAACAUUAAACUCUAUGUGCGCAGAGUCUUCAUUAUGGACAACUGUGAGGAGCUAAUGCCUGAAUAUCUCAAUUUUAUGAAGGGUGUGGUAGACUCUGAGGAUCUGCCCCUAAACAUCUCCAGAGAGAUGCUGCAACAGAGCAAGAUCCUCAAAGUCAUCCGAAAGAACCUGGUCAAGAAGUGCCUUGAGCUCUUCACUGAAAUCUCAGAGGACAAGGACAACUACAAGAAGUUAUAUGAGCAGUUUUCCAAGAACAUCAAGCUUGGUAUCCAUGAAGAUUCUCAGAACCGCAAGAAGCUCUCAGAGCUGUUGCGCUACUACACCUCCAACUCUGGUGAUGAGAUGGUGUCUCUCAAGGACUACGUGUCCCGCAUGAAAGACAGCCAGAAGCACAUCUACUAUAUUACUGGUGAGACAAAGGAUCAGGUGGCCAACUCUGCCUUUGUGGAACGUCUACGCAAAGCCGGCCUAGAGGUGAUCUACAUGAUCGAGCCCAUUGAUGAGUACUGUGUUCAGCAGCUUAAAGAAUAUGAUGGCAAAAACCUGUUGUCAGUUACCAAAGAAGGUCUGGAGCUUCCUGAAGAUGAAGAAGAAAAGAAAAAGCAAGAUGAACUGAAAACCAAGUUUGAAAACCUUUGCAAGAUUAUGAAAGACAUUCUGGAUAAGAAAAUUGAAAAGGUUACUGUGUCCAACCGCCUGGUCGCCUCUCCUUGCUGCAUCGUUACCAGCACAUAUGGCUGGACAGCCAACAUGGAAAGGAUAAUGAAGUCGCAGGCUCUGAGGGACAACUCCACCAUGGGCUACAUGACUGCCAAGAAACAUCUAGAGAUUAACCCCCUGCACCCCAUCGUUGAGACCCUGAGAGAGAAAGCUGAGGCUGACAAAAAUGACAAAGCGGUGAAAGACCUUGUUAUUCUGCUCUUCGAGACUGCCCUACUUUCUUCUGGAUUCACCCUGGAGGACCCACAGACACAUGCUAACCGCAUCUACAGAAUGAUUAAACUUGGUCUUGGCAUUGAUGAUGAUGAUUCGGCGGUUGAGGACAUUCUUCAGCCCACUGAGGAGGACAUGCCUGUCCUGGAGGGAGACGAUGACACAUCAAGAAUGGAAGAAGUUGACUAAGAUUUUGAAGUAGAAAUAGCACAGAACAAAUCUAAAUGUAAAUCUGUUUAAUUUAAACACUGUUUAAUUUUGAAACACAUUGCCUAGCUAGAUAGUCUAUUUAUUCUUUAACCUUUCGAUUAGUUUUGUUUUGGAAGAUAUGUUGUGCCUUGUCGGAGUUUGUGAUUAGAAAAUAUAUCAUUUUUAAUUUUGUUUUUUUUAUGGUGUAACUUUUUUAAGGAAGCAAAGCAACUUUCUAAUAAAAUAUUGUGCAGAAA